UCCUACUGUGGCGAUACGCCUGAACCCUACAAAAGGAGGAAGCCAAAUAUAUAAAUAAUCAAAUAAAUAGACGAGCCACUGGAUGAAGUAUGUCUUCUCUUGGACAGAUACUUUUCUACAGUAUGGUUGUGCUCAUCAUCGUCUUUUCUGCACUCAUCAUCAUCUUUCUAUCUAUAGCAGGGGUAAGGGGCACCCAGGGAAGUGUGGAGAGCAAUGAUACCUCACCAGUGGGCAACUUGGGCGAGGAUGUGGUCCUGAGCUGCUCCCUGACCUUGGCUUCAGCUAGCGAUGUGGCCAUCACCUGGACAAAGAAGGGCCUGAGUGGGGUGGUGUACCAAUAUGCUAAUGGUGCUGCACAGCUGGAGGAGCAAAAUGCCCAGUUCAGAAACAGAACACAGCUCUUUAGAAGUGCAGCAGCAACAGGAAGUGCAUCUCUGUUGCUGAGCAGUGUGCGAGUGAGUGAUGAAGGGCAGUACAUCUGCAGUGCGAGUGCCUCCAGAGGCAGGGGCAUGGUCACAAUACACUUACGAGUAGCAGCUUUUUCAGCUCCAACUUUUUUGAUAGAGGGGAGGGAUAUUUUGACUGCAAAAGCACAAAAAUGGUCCCCAAAGCCAAAUGUAACCUGGAUGGAAUUUAAUGGUAAGAUACUGAACGGGAACACCAGCUUCAGCAAAAACUCGGCUGGGAUUUACAGUCUCGUCAGCUCUCUGCAGCCAGUCACUGAUUCCACCUACUCAUGCCUCAUCCAAAACUCUCUUGUGAAGGCCUUCUCUGAAGCAACUAUUAAAGGUACGGAGAUAUUUGAGAGGACCGCCUUCGUCUACACCUCCAGAUCAACCUCACUGAGGCCUGAACUACUGUUCGUUACAGCUACUUUCAUUCUCUGUAUUUGUCAGCGAGGCUAAAUACAUUUAACGGCAGAUACAGUUGAACAUACACGGAUCAGUCAUAACAUUAUGACCACCUGCCUAAUAUAGGUGCCCCUUUUGCCGCUAAGACAACGCUUUCCCGAUGAAGCGUGGACUCCAGUAGACAUCUGAAGAUGUGUUGUGGUUUCUGGCACCAAGACGUUAGCAAUAGAUCCUUUAAGUCCUGUAAAUUGCGGGGGCCUCCUUAAAUCGGACUUGUUUGUCCAGCACACCCCACAGAUGCUCGGUUGGACUGAGAUUGGAAACCAAGCCAACACCUUCACCUAUUUGAGUUUCUACUUUAUUCAACACCCAUCAUGUGAAAGAAAGCAUUCAGUUGCGUAAAAUGCCACCACUCCUCCAUAUCAAUUGUUUUUGACACCAAUACAUUUAGAAUAAUUUUAAAUAACAAAGUAUUAUUUGGGCUUAUUUGUAUUUUUAAACAUCACAACCAACAUUCUCAAUCCAGCCACCGGCCAGUCAGUCCUUGCUCCUUAAGAGUUAUUUGGAAAGAAAUAUUAGCAUGUCAGCCUUCUCUGGGCUAAGGCAUUCUCUUUCCCGGCUGAUUGUGCCUCCAGCAGCUGAGAAAAUUCUCCCCGCUUUAUCAUGUCACUCAUAUUCACAGUCUUCCCUGAAAUAAUCUUGCCGCAUUUUAUGCAUUUAUUAUUAACAGACGCCACACGCGUGAACUAUAGCCAUACUUUCGAAAGUUCCGGCGACAUCUCAGCUAUAUAAGACAAAACAUUUCUCUUCAUCAGAGGAUUCGAGGAGCUUCGCUAUUCGUUUGGCCUUCUUUUCCCCUUCUCCACACUAGUGGGGAGCUGAAAAUGUUUCUGCGUAGUGGCUUUCUGCCGCCUAAGGUCACAUCCUUCACUGGCGUGUCUGUUAAUAUUGCAGUUUUCCUCUUUCUCCUUUGUGGAGCCAUUAUCCUUGGUCCAGCUUUGGGAUGAGGGGGGAUUUCUUCAGGGCAGAGCAGUGACGGACUGGGGGGAAAAAGUGGCCCGGGAGUUACUGUCAGACCGGCCCACUCAAUACACGGCCCACUCAGUACACGGCACGUUGCCUACUCAAUGCAUCGCAUGUAUCGUUCUUUUUCUCCCUUAGCUUUUCAGCUCCACCUUUACGUUGUGGUGCUGAUGACAUGCUCUAACUCUCAAAAACAACUUUGUCUGCUAGCGAGUGAUGCAAAUGUUGAGUAGGCAAGGCAAGUUUAUAUAUUAUACGUUAUAUGUAUUCAAGCUGUGUAAUAUGGAAAAUAGUUGGAGGUGCCGGCGAUGUCAGAGGGAGGGUCAGUUGGUGAUGGAAGUCGGACGGUAUUUUGGACCAUCCCGACCCCGAUGGUGAUUUCUCACCAUCCACGCAUCACUAGCUGAGUUGAUGUGCUUUUUGAAAGGCCCAUAUACUGUCCGGUCAAGUGGCUGCAGUUUAUGGGAACCGUGAGGUUGGAAGGACAGCAUUACUAAGCCAUUUGUUUAGGCGUAGUCUAGACCAAUAAUUGACAAGUGUGAACAAUGAAACAUCCCAUUCGUUUGUGUCCUCUUUGAGCCACUACCUUCUCUGAUUUGUGAACAGUAGUCACUGUUUCAUCCAUGUUCCAGAUAUAAUCUGGUCCAAAACUAUGUCUUCUCAUUACCUCUGCCAGCUUAUUAAACAAAGACUCAAUGUUCUGUUUGUUGAAGCUGGUUGCUCGUUCAAAGCUUGUAGGCUGUGGGCCACGAAUAAAGAGAUGUGGGUGGUGUUUCAAAAAGUCUAAAAAUCUAUCUGCACUCACUCCAUGGCUGUGGUAUGUGAAUGUUCUGAGUAACUGCAUACUGAUAUGCAAGUUUUCAAACUUCCCUUGGUCAGAAUCCGAAUCAACUUUAAUCGCCAAGUGAGUUUGCACAAACAAGGAAUUUAAUAUCGCAGGAAGGUGCAUACGGUAAACAUGAGUUUUAAAUAUAAAAUGUAGAGAAAGUCAGAAGUACCAUAAUAUAUUUCAGAUGCCCUUGCUGCUCUGGUGUUCUGUGAAUAUCUGGAGAUUUUUAAGGUAACCAACAUGAACAAAUGACUUGUCAUGCCUCCCUUCUGUGUCGUCACUGCUCAUGUUUUUACAGUAUCGAGCCAGCGUCCUAUAGUUAAUAUCAAAGACUGCUGCUGUACUUCUGAUACUCUUUCCCUGCAGCUUCACCUGUCUCACUGCCUGCAGAAUGACAUCUGGGUGAGUCGCCCCUCUCGUGGUCUUUUUCUUUACCUCCACAACAUUUUCCUCCCAUCAAAAAUUAAGCAAAGCAUGACUAUUCUUUCAAAACCUUCCAUUGAUAUACCUCCAUUCCAGUGUGACAACCUGCCCCAUCUGAACUCUUGUGGUAAAUGUUUAGCUAGCAACCAAAUGACUUGACCUAGCAUCUGAUACAUUUACUGAAACUCUAUUUAUGCCCUUCCAUUCUUAAACUAAAGUUUCAGAAUACAGAUAAGCUAAAUGUACUUGUAAUUUACAGAAGACAGUUUAUACCAAAGUAAAUGAAUACUAUUACCCAUUAGCCUACAAUGGUAAAUUGUCAUUUUGAUGUAUGUGGCUCGUGGUUGGAGGCUUUCUCAUAGGUUGAGCCUGGCUGAUACAAUAACUGUCUGGCAUGUGAUUGGAUGUUUGGCUUCGAAAACACUUGCUGAUUGUAUUUUCUUCUGUUAUUCUUAUCCAUGAAUAUCUUGGCCAUGAAUUUCUUAUUAAAAUAGAGUCUCGGAGAGA